AUGCCCCGUUCAUUUCUAAUCAAGAAGAAGUCCUCUAAACUGAUGGGCACCUCCACGGCCAACGCCAAUACCUCACCAACCAAUGGAUGUACUGAUGACGAGAAUAGUCUUUCCAAAUCUAACGACACUAACAAAAAUGUCAUCGAUUUUUCAAAUGAUGGAAAGGGACCCUACGAUCUGAGCAUUAAAACACAUUUAUUAAAAGAGACAAACAUUGAUGUAAAACAUGAAAAAACAAAAGAUAUCAAAUCAUAUCCAAGUCCUCAUUACCGGGAUAUCCCAUAUAUUCAUCCCCUGAGCACAAAGUGUUUGUCUCCAUACAAUUAUUCACCAAAUGGUCAAAUUGGUACCGAUUUGACAAAACCAGCGCUCAUACCACUGGAAACAAUUAAUUCAAAUCAUCGUUUGUCUCCCUCAUCACCGCAUCAUAUAAGCCGACAUUUGCCGACAUCCGCACCAUUUGUUACAUUUGGUUUUGGUUAUAAUGGAUAUAAUGAAAACAAGAACAUAUUGUCCACUUCAUCAUUAUAUUACCAGAACAGACAUCUCGAUUACCCGAUAUCACCGCCACAAACACCUAUUCUUCGUUCAGAACGUAUAGGAAAUGCCAAUAAUUAUAACCCAAGUAUUCUUGAGUCGAGUCACAGUAGAAAUGUAGUCAUAUCUCCAAUUCAUUCAGAAUAUAGACCGCAAUACUUAUCCAAUUGGACCGAACAGUUGUCUCUUAAGACUACUAUGUCUUCUCCCACACCCAGUCUUAAUGGAUCCGAUGAUUCUGGAAGAGGAAGUGUUCACUCUGGAGGUUCAGUUGUUUCAAAUGAAUCCCAAAAAGUAGACAAAAAUUUAAAACAACGAAAACCUAUAAAUGGAUCAGAAGUUAGUGCCACCCGAUAUCACUGUACGGAUUGCAAUAAAAGUUACUCAACAUUCAGUGGUCUCUCUAAACAUCAAGAAUAUCACUGUUCAACUCAAACUAAAAAACAGUUUAGUUGUAAACAUUGUGACAAAGUAUAUGUUUCAUUGGGUGCACUUAAGAUGCAUAUCAGGACACAUACCCUUCCCUGUAAAUGCAAACUAUGCGGUAAAGCAUUUUCUCGGCCGUGGUUAUUGCAAGGUCACAUCCGUACCCACACUGGAGAGAAGCCCUUCCAAUGCGAGUUCUGUAGCCGUGCUUUUGCCGAUCGCUCUAACCUUAGAGCACACCUACAGACUCAUUCCGAUGUGAAGAAGUAUAGCUGUAAAACUUGUAGCAAAACAUUUUCCCGAAUGUCUUUGUUGACCAAACAUGAAGACGGCGGAUGUUCUGGUGGUGGUGUCACUGGUGGUGUCGGUGCCAAUCAUAAAAUAUUGUAG